AGACAACAAAUACAAUACAUGCUUUUACGGUUCAAUUCAACAGUUUCAAUCGUUCGAGGUUCCUUUCUUCCUUGGCUAUAGCGAAAAUGUCGAGCAAAGUAACUUGAGUUAACCUCACCUAGGACCAACGGAACUUUCAGUACAGCCUUGGGGGAUAUACUUAGUCGAAUUAAAAUUCUGAUCACAAAGUUGAAUACGGUGAGUCUAGCUUUGGUUCAUAGUUUAUUGCGGUCGUUCUCUUUCAAAUGUCGAAUUAUGCUUACCAUUGUCAAUGAAGCGAGAUUCGAUGAACAACUGAUUGCGAUCAUCUAAACUCUCGGCGUCUCAAAACACAUACGUGAAGAGAAUUUCAACGAAAUGCAGGUAUAAAUUACUAAUCAAUUCACAGUUGCUUCAUUUAUUGUUAUUAUAUUCAUUGUCUCUGCCAAAUACCAAUGGGCCAGCAGAGAUCGUAGUUUAACUGCAUGUUAUCAAUUCGAUUCAUUUAUUAUUGUGCGCAUCAAAUGGGGAUUAACUAUGAUUGCAGUUGAAUCAUACAUGUAGCUCAGCCCCCAGUUACACGAUACCGGAUUCGCAUCGGAGCGACAUCAAAUUUUACCGCUUCCAGGUGAAUUUGGCACUUAAAAUUAUGAUAAUAUAACAUAAUUAAACAAAAACUUCAAAUAUGAAAAGUUGUAAGAGCAAAAGAGGAAAACACCUUAAAUUGAUGUCGCUCCGACACGAAUUCGGUAUCGUGUAACUGGGGCCUCAGUCUAAAAUAUUUAAAUUAUGCAUAUUAAAGUGUUGAACUUGUCCAAUAUAUUAUUUGUCGCGAGGAAGUAAUCAUAGAGUACACGCGUCAAAGUUUUUCGCCAAUUGUCUACAACAUGUGUUCGAACUGCUUGUUCCCGUUGUUGAGUGUUGACAAGUCUGGAACAAGUUGUUAUCAUCUUGUAACAAGGUUUAUGAGACAACAGACUCGCAACAAGUUGUUCCAACAAGUCUGAUAUCGUCUGCCCAUAACAAGUUGUUAAAUAUAGCAACUUGUUACGCGAGCAGCCUGUAUUAGUCAUGUUGGAAGAACUUGUAUAGGAAGUCUGUUACCGUCAUCAACCUUGUAACAAGAUGAUAACAACUUGUUCCAGACUUGUCACAACAGCUGCGAACAUAUCCUGAUAUCAGCAUCCGUAUAUCAGCUUGACAACAAUAGAUAUGUAACAACUUGCACGUUUUUAUGUGUGCAGUAAUACACUAAACAACUGCCCCCCAAAAAUUUUAUAGCGUGUGCAUGUCAUUCUCGUUUUUAGAUGGAAAAUUUAUGUACACACUAUUGCAGACUUGGCUGCAUAAACUGUAAAGCGUACUGUGGGUGAUGGUAUCUUUACGUGUCGUCUACCAACUGAUCCUUAUUGUUUGGUUUGGAUCUCUUAUAUUCAUCUUUUCUCAUAUUACGGAUUUAGGUAAGACUCAUGAAUGUUUUGCAGAAUGAAAAUUGAUGUAUAUAGUUUGAUAUAUAUAGAUACAUGGCAGGGAAUGUGUCGUAGGUUAAGGGGGUUCAAUAGAUUAUGAUAAUAAGAAAACUGAUGCAAACAACUGCCAAAGCCUCAAUAUUAUCACUAAGUACUUUGUUAACUUGUGAAAUCUUUGUAAACAUGCACUUUCUAAGAUGGAAAAGUUUGAUCUAAUUCCGUCAAGCAGUAUAUAAGUGAGAUCAAUAGGUGAGGCCCUUACCCAUUAUUAGAAUCUCGGAAACGUACAUCUGGGUGCGUUUAUAUAUUUUAGUCCCGAAAACUUCUUGAAAAUUCCUGGAAUUUCAAAGUGAUUACCUAAUGUAAUUACCAGACCGUUAAUUAACGUUCGACGAUUUGAGCGAAGGCCCUUCGUUAUUAUCUUUUCAACUUAUUUUAGGCUAUCCUGAACCAGUACCAAUUGCAACGGAAUACGUUAACCAAAAUUUGUAUCUACCAAUUACGGAGAAAAGUAAGCUAAUAGUUAUUGUUUUCUAUGUUUCCUUAUUCAAAUGUACAUUGCAUCUGUUGCAGAGAGGGGGGACUUUCAUUCCAGUCCACCACUUUUGUUUGCAGAUGAGAAAAUAAACCUGCUUUGUGUUUCAGGUAAUAUUCAUUCGGAAUUAACUACAAAUGACGUUGGGACAAACUCGGAUGAGUUGACAAGUUCAGAGGAAAUUCCUGUCGAAACUUUGCAAUGUCCGUUACCUGAACCGAGCCGUGCUUAUCCCUUUUGUCAAGAAAACGUAGUGGUAAGAUUUCUCGGUUUCGUGGCAAGAACAGUCCAACAACAAAUUCCCUAAAGACAGAAUCCCUACUGACAAGAUCUCGGCAACAACACCAAAAAAAUAAACGAAUUCCUUUCCAUUUAUCAUCAUUCUCUAUAAGAUCAUUUUCUGUAAGAUCAUUCUCUAUAAGAUCUCUAUCAUCAUUCUCGAUAAGAUCAUCUUUCACGAACACUCAUUAGUGACUAUCUUCAUAGAAAUGUAUUGGCUUUGAUUUUGCGGAAUGCAUUUGCGAGUCAUGCAAGUAUUCUUUUUUGUUCCUGCACUUUGAAAGGUUCUCCGAUCAUUAUAUUUCUUCAGCCUCAGGAUUUGAAUACGGGAGUUUUUUUGGCUGCAUGAAUUCAAUAAUUUGUGUUAAACUUUCCUCGACUGUUCUCGUGUUUGACCCCUCUCACAGUUAAAGUGCAAAAGGCUUUCUUAGCGUACGUUCGGAACACUGGUUAACUGUAUUGGCCAAUCUGCAUGGGGUUGAAAAAAAUGGAAUUAUAAAUUGAUUUCAUCUUUUGUGUUUGCAGAAACUCUGGGACCACGGUCAUCAACCUUGUUACAAGAAAUUUGGUGUGGAUAAAUCUGAUGACUGCUCUGUUCUCAAAUAUUUAAGUGAGGUAUAAGCCUGCAACCCGUGCCUGUAAUCGCAUAUAGAGAUUAUAAUUAUGAUUUCGGGCAUUUUUUUAAUAAUUUGCUGUUGUGAAGAAACUGGAUCAAACUGUAUAUCAAAAUAUUCUGUAAGCUUUUAUAAAGAACUUUUAGCAACUUAAUAUAUAUUUCAGUUUAUAUUUCGUAUAUAUUUCGAAAUUUAACUUGUAUAAAUUUGGAUUUACUGAGUGACUAAAAUUUGUCCAGCUCCCCAAUACGAAUCUUCCGGCGUCAGUACGAAAACCAGAAACCUUUUUUGUGCAGGUAGAACAUUGGUGUCCAUUGCUGCCAGGGAAGAACAAGAUUGUUGAUAAUAAAGUGAAACCUGUAAAGGUUAGUUUUUUUACCAACGGUGGGUUAACUACAAAAUUUAUGUAGUUCGCUACAGCUACAGACAGCUAUACUUGUCAAAAAAUGUAGUCCGUUACUGACUCCAGUUGCUGUUUCACAAAUGUAGCGAACUAUUCACUACUUCGGUGCGACAAGUAGCCUAUCUUGCUAUCCAAUAUAUAGCGAUGGUUGCUUGAAAAGUAACAAACUACUGAAAAAGUAUAGUUCGCUACAGCUACUGUUUUGAAAAAGUAGUCACAAGAACUCGCUACUUGAAAACUGUAAUUCGCUAGAGUAGCAAACUUCGCUAUUACCCAUCCUGCAUGUUUUUGUACUGAAAAGAAUUAUGUUUGUAGAGAAGAAUUAUACUAGCGACGCGUCAAGAAAUCUUUUAAUUGUCUUCCAUGCAUUUUCUUGUCAGGCGAAGCUGCGAACCAAUAUAAAGGGUCUUUUCAAAAUACUAAAACAUUCCUAUUACAAAUGGACAAGAAAUCGGCUGUCAAGUUGGUGGUCGGAGUGGGUUGCGGGCGUUGAAGCACUAAAGAAACAACGUAAAGAACGAAAUAAGUUAAAGAAAAAGGUGAACAUUUUAUAUUCUGGCCAUUUUGCUCGAUAAUUAAAAAAAAUUUGAUCGGUUGCAUGGCCGUUCGCUUUGCUCGUCAAUUUGACCACAAAAUGGUCAAGUUCUCCUCGGUCAUUCCUCUAUAUUUCGUCCUUUGCAUUUUUUUUUCAGAUUUUAGUUUUCCUUGGUUCGUUUGCUGAUGUCCCAACGUUCUUUUACGCUGCUUCGUCAGGAGGACCUCUUGGUGAACUGGUUCAAUGGACUGACGUGAUUGCAAGUAUUUAUUUACUGGGACAUGACGUCACCGUAUCUGCUGCCAAGAAAAAUAUACCACGGUAAGUAAAGUCUCGUUUUUAACCAUUGCAUCUGGUAACCUAGUGGGGAACGGAUUUCCCGGACGGCAGGGAUUAUUUUAAGGAAAUUUUAUCACAACCUCGGCUGAUACUCCGAACCGGUGAAUAUAUAACAAUGGUAUCAUGCAUGCAAAGAUAAAACUAUUACUAGUGACAUUACUCCAGAUAUUGAUGGUCUCUUAUCAAAUUAUGCGUAUGUGGCCAUGGUUUUAUUAUAUAGUAGAGAGUGAGAUACUGAAAAAUACACAGUGAGAUAUUUUCCAUAUCUUCACUAGUGAAGAUAUCGAUCACGUGACUUUUUCCAAUUUGCUUUUGAGCGUGAAAUUUUACAAUUUUUUUCCUUGAUACUAUAUAAUAAACAAAACAUUACAUGGUGGCUUGAAGAUAUGACUUUUAUCUUCUCCUGUUAAAAACAAUAUUUUACUCACUCGCUGCGCUCGUUAAAUAUUGUUUUCACCACUCGAAGAUAAAAGUCAUAUCUUCGCGCCGCCGUGUAUAAUAUCCUCUAUAUAUAUAUAUAUACCGGUUUUCGGUAUGUAUAUAUAACCAUGCAUGGCCUGCACUGACAAAUACGUGGUCACCAUGUAUGGUCACAGGUGAAGUAGAGUUAUCUAUUUUUUUGUUUUUUAGUCUCCUUGGAGGACCAAGUGAUGAUGGAUGCAUACCAGAAGAACAUGCCCACAGUUCGUCUAGAUUUGAUAUCAUCUUUACAGAUAUCAUUGGCGUUGGUCUCAUUAAGAAUAUGACCGGACCAUUAUAUUCUAAAUACAAGUAAGUUUCUAAAAACAUCUGUUUGAAUACGACUUGUAACCAGUUUGAAAAGCAAGUGUCAAUUAGACGAUGGUUAAUUGGUUAAUGUACUGAUUUGCACGUUAUCACGUCAGGAAAAGCAAAGCCGACAGAGAAAAAAGUUGCUUCGCGCUAACAAUGGACCAUUUGCAUUAUAGACUAAAUUUCGAUCUAGACAAGUCCAGACAAAAAUUUCAUCACAGCUUGAAAGAGCAUCACAAAAUUAGUAAUAUUCCAAAGUUUCGUUGCGAAAUGUUGUAAAAUGCGGAUAAUAUAGCCUUGCGAAGUUUAUCGUUUUUCAGUCAUUUUGUAUUACAAACGGGAAAUUGACAGCCCAAUCGGGUGUUGGGGCAUCAAUUUCCCGUUUGUAAUACAAAAUGACUGAAAAUUGCAAAUUUCGCAAGGCUAUAUUAUCCGCAUUUUACAACAUUUCGCAACGAAACUUUGGAAUAUUACUAAUUUUGUGAUGCUCGUUCAAGCUGUGAUGAAAUUUUUGUCUAGACUUGUCUAGAUCAAAAUUUAGUCUAUAAUGCAAAUGGUCCAUUCGUCUGGGUGGAAAACCGGCUUGAGGCCCGUUUACAUUUGCAAUUUUUGCUGCGAUUUCUAGUGCAAUUGUCUUCUUCUGAUGGAUGUGAACGAGUAGAUGAAUUAUGAAUGUUCUGAGUGUAUGUCCCCUAGCUCAUCUGAUCUGAACAGUCAUAACUCAUCCAUUCGUUAACAUUCAUCAGAAGAGGAAAAUCGCACCAGAAAUCGCAGCAAAAGUUUCAAAUGUAAACUAGGCAGUCCCAUUGAAUCACGCAGGCUAAGUGUAAACGGGCCUUUAUAAAGAUGUUGUUGUUAUAACCACAGAUGCCGACUGCGAGUGGUGGAUUCGUUUGGUACCAAUGCAGAGUUCAACUAUCAUGGUUAUCGGAAACGCAUACCAGGUGGUGCGUCAUCCUGGGGGAAACUGGAUCUAGACUUGAGACAAUUUAUGACCAUGUUUCGUAAGUUUAUUAAUUAAUAAAUUAUUCCUAGAAGUUACUAUCGCAAGGAAAGUGCUGCCACGCCUCCAAAGGAUCAAAGGCAGCAUGCACAAUUUGCUGAAUAAGGGGCUGUUUAUAUCAGGAUCCCGCUUUGCCAGGACUAGAUGUGAUUUGGGAUUGUUUUGAUGUAUAUAUUAUUACUUGUAAGACACCCAAAAUAAUUCGAUUGAAUUGUUCCGUUUUCAAACCGCCCCGUAGGUGUGGUAUGAACUUAGUCUUACAAAUGUAUGCAUCCAAAAAUCGUUUCUUGCGAGUUCACAUAUUCGCGCUCAUUAUUUACUUAUUUGUUUCUAAUGUUUUGCACUUUUUCAAAUAGCCCACAGCCCUGACAACACAUUCUUGGGUUUUGUUUCGGGUGUAAAAGUCAAUGCCUCUGAGAGCAAACGUAUCUUGGCAAAGAAACGAAAUCAAUGUCUUAUUUAUGGCAGAGUCUUGGAUUACUGGCGGGUUAGUAUGUUAAACAAACUUGAUUUUUAAUUAUCAGUUCUAAACUGAUAAAAAUACUAGAGGUCCAAUAAGGGUUGAUGUUGAGUUGCAACUCUCGCUCGCGUUUGACCGUCAACUCUCAUCAACUCUCGUGAAGUUUGAGUUGGUUUAAAUUUUGAUAAGAGUUUUUUCUUAUUUGACUGGUAAUAUCCAGUCAUCUCUCAUGCAUGCAGCUCUUGUUCUCGUUUGAUUGGAGCAUGACAAGUGAGAUAACUCUCAUGCAAACUGUCACAACACUUAUUGACUACAGGGGCGAAACUUGAGGGGGGGUGUGGGGGGGGGUGUUACACCCCCCCCCCAAAAUACGAAUCAUCCCGAUUGGCAGGGCAAUCAAAGGUCUCUUAUAAAUAAAUGAUAGCACAUAGGCGUACCGGGCGGGGGCAAUAUUCGAUCAACAGUCGGGCAAUUUUGGUUUGAAAAAAAAAAAUGGGACAAAUUCAGUCAAUUUUAUCUAAAAUUAAGUGAAUUUUUUCGCAAAUUGUGUGAUUUUUCGAAAAUUUGUGUUAUGUUCCGAAAAAUAUAGGUUGUCCGGAAAAAUUUUUUGACCCCUAAAAUGGUACACAGACCGAAAUUUUUUUGGCGACGGGGGGGGGAGGUCGCCAAAAUAAUUUUUCCGGAAAAUAUUUUUUGGUACUUUUUGGCAGGGCAUCACUGGUUUUGGCAGGGCAAUUCUGCCAGACACCCCCUAAUUAAAAGGGGCUAGUUUCGCCCCUGAUUGACUAUACCAUCAACUCUUCUCAACUUUGAGCUUGUUCAAGUUUUGAUGAAAAUUCAUGAUAGUUCUGAUAUUUCAAUUAAAAUUCAUGAUAAUUUAUGAUACAUCCUGAUGACAAGUUGUUGAAAUAGCAUUGAUAUAUUUUACAGGGUCAUAGUAAGUACCUUCAACUUCUAAACCAAUAUGUCGGUGUUCACUCCACGACAAUCAGAGUCAGCAGUGUCGAAGUGAGUUGAUCUUGAGUAAGAUUAUAUUUGAGUUUCAAUAUGUUCUUUUCAAGUUCAUAUAACUCAACUUUUCUGAGAUUUCUUCUACUUUCGUUAGAAACAAUCCGAAAGGGUGAAGAUGCCUGGUUUUGUAAAGAACCAUGGAAUCCUUGGACGCGAUGCUUUGAUGGAUUUACUACAGCAGUCAAAGGUAAAUUUCAGAUAUUUCUUGAACUUUCCUUGUGUCUUGAGCAGUCUGUCGGCUGUGCCAGUGUACCUAGGUAGUGGCAAUAAGAAGAAAGCUUCGGAUUGAUAGGGACACAACCAUACCUGAAAAAUACAAAGAAGUUCUCCUUGUAUUUUUCAUUUAGUUGCAUGUAUUCCUAUCAAUCCGAAGUUUUGCUUGUGUCUUCAUUACAACUGGAUGUAUAACGCUGAUUUGUUUCCUAGAUAUUUGUUGGCUUGGGAUUUCCUUACGAAGGACCAGCGCCACUGGAGGCAAUCGCUAAUGGAGCUGUGUUUCUAAACCCAAAGGUAUAUUGUCAAUUUACAUCGCUCUUAACUUCUCCAAAUUUUUUCCUCUUAAAAUUUCAUCCGGAUAAGAUAAACCGAAAUGAAACAGUAUGAUAUCCUAAACAUCAGUUUAAACGACAAUUCAAGCCAAACUACUUGGACUUCACCCAACUAAUAUAAUACGAAUAUUUUUUCCCUCUUAGUUUAAAGUUCCCAAAAACCGUACAAACUCCAAGUUUUUUAAAGGAAAACCAACAUCCCGAUCGGUGAGUAGCAGUUUUAGUUCAUACUUGGCUGUAUGUUAGACUGGAUUUAAACCUUUGUGCUAACGGAUAUAUUAAUGGAUGUCUGCAGAGUGUUUUUUAUUUUGUCUUUUAAAGUUAACUUCUCAAAGUCCCUACCUUGAAGAGUUUAUUGGCAAACCUUAUGUUUACACUGUCGAUAUAAAAAACCUGACUGAAGUUAAUGAAACUUUGAAAAUAAUUUUAAAGAAGAAGGUAGGUUUAACGAUAUUACAAAAUUACCAAGACAAUAACAACAACAAUAACAAUAACAACAACAGCAAAAACAACAAACAACAGCAAUAUCAACAAACAAACAACAAUAACAACGGCAACAACAACAACAACAACAACAACAACAACAACAACAACAACAACAACAACAACAACAACAACAACAACAACAACAACAACAACAACAACGACAACGACAACGACAACGACAACAACGACAACAACAACAACAACAACAACAACAACAACAACAACAACAACAGUGACAGUGACAGUGACAGCAAUAUAACGAUGACGACAACAACGUCAGAAACACGACAAUGUUCAACAAGAUAAAACACAUCCAUGACGAAAUUUAAAUUAAUACCUAAUUAUUAAUUUAAACCAUCUUUUACGUAACUGUUACCUAGCCCGAAACACCUGUCUUUUUCCCUAGGCGCCACCGUUCCUACCAAUGGAAUAUACAUGUGAAGGAAUGCUUGAACGAGUUGAUGCUUUGAUUGCAAACCAGGUAAGGAAACCAUCCUAUUCACAACUAAUAAAGUAAAUACAUCGUGUAAACUUUAUCAUAAUCUAUAAAUCUAUUGAUAUUGAUCAUUCUGUCAUUAUAAAUCUCGGAUGGUUUUCGCUUUGCGAGUUUUUAGUAACUAAAUCUGUUUCUUUCAAAGGACUUUUGCGAUGGCAAACUGUGGCCUCCGUUAGACAAGUUGAAAAUUGUUUUGAGUCAACGUGGCCAGUCGUGUAAAGAAGCUUGUGGUAGCCGCGGUAUGUUUCAGAUUAAUAAAUCCCAUAUAUGGCAUAAAGUAUACUCAAGAAAUUACAGAAUCAAACUGCCUGAAAAUUAGGAUCGUACUACUGGACAAUUCAAAGUGUAGUUUGCUUUCGACGUUGCCAGUGAAAGUCUUGUUAAAUGUGUCUGGUAGUUUGAUCCUUUAAUUCCUCAUCUAUAUUGUUCAUCACUUUAUUCACCGGAAUAUAUUGUUCAUCAUUUUAUGCACGGGAAUACUACCUUCAAGAUCGUAAAAAUUACAAUUAAAUUUUGAAUAUUGAAGUUUUGAAUAUUGUAUUUUUCCUUUUUAGGUCGUAUUUGUGAACCUGGUUAUUGGGAAGUCAUAAACCAGAAAGCAUUUCUGAAAAAGUAAGUCCGUAAAAAUUGACAAAAUUGAAAAGUGACAAAAUGACAUUGUCAUUUUCCCCGCUAUUUCCGUAGGCCCACGCAUGCGCUUGACGUUUAACAGCGAUGUUCCUUUAGGCUAUAAACCACAAUGCUUUAUAUUCAUCUUUUAUUUGGUGUUAAUUUUUGUUUUACUAGGUUGAGAAAAUGUGAAACAUACGAAUCUGUGAGUGUACUUCAUGCCCCAUCAUUCAACAGCAAGAACGCGGUAUGCUAUCUUCAGGAUAACGUCAUGUUAUUUUCCUGCGUUGCUAAGCAACGAUCUUUACAGCGCCUUUGCCCUUGUCGUAGUUUUCGUAAGGAGCAAGUGGCACUUUGCGAGGGUUGUUAUUAAAGUGGCUCUGCGUAGUUUUGAAUUUGAGGUGAUGUCAUUAUAUGAGGCCUUAACGACGAAUCAAAGAGCUGCAUGAUCCUGUUGGUUAUAUAUGAAGUAAGGUACAGUAUUAAACAGCCUUCGCCCACCCCACCCCCAAUCACCGUCGUCUAAGACAGGGGUGGAAGCGAACUGUACCUCAGGAUGGGCGAACGUUUAAAAGUUGUCGAGGUUAUAAAAAAUGCGUCGUGUAAAGUACAGUGUUAAACAGCUCCAUUCCUCCCACCUCACCCUCGCUAAUUGAGAUAGGAAGGCAAAGAAAGUUGCAAAAUGUUUCUGCGAAAGCGUGAGUUACGGUGUUGAACAGUAUCUAACCCUUACACCCCUCCCCCCCACCCCCCCACCCCGCUCCACAAUGGUUGCGCCUUAUCCCCACCUGAGACAGGCAUAGGGGCGAACUGUUAAGGAUGUAUUAUGUGGAGAAAUUAUAUGGUUAACGAUUUGCCGUAGAAAAUGCGUAAAACAUAAAAAAGAGGUAAUCGGGGAGUCGCAGAUACCAAGAGAUGGGCAAGCUUCUGUUUCGCAUGUGUGGUAGCAAAGACAGGGCUUGAAGGAUAUCUAUACCGAUUCAUAGCCUUGAUUUGAUGUAUAGAAUUGAUGUAUAGAAUUGAAAUUUAUCUCAAAUAUAGUACCUACGAAAUUUGUUACAUGGUCAUAUAGCAGCCACGAACCCAGGCGCAAUUAACUAAAAAUAGGCACACUACAGUGUAUUUAUACAGAUCAGUAGCUAAGAUGAGCAAGCGCGCGGGGGUGCUUGGGGAGGACUCGACGGGCCGAGUCCUCCCCAAUAACACCCGCGCGCUCUCUCAGCUUAGACACUGAUCUAUAUAAAAACACUGUAGUGUGCCUAUUUUUAGUUAUUUGCGCCUGUGGUCUUACAGGCAGUACAAAGGCUGGAUAAUGGAUAUAACUGUAUAAAUUUCUCUUAUCACAGCAGAUAAUAAAAAUUAUGUAUUUGAAGUAUAUAUAGGUUUUCAAUCAAAGCAAUUGUCAGCAAUUUAGGC